GGCCGUGCCGGCAACGUGCUGAACGUCCCCAUUUCGCCGGCGCUGUCGCUGACGCCGACGCUCUUCUCCUACAGCCCGUCGCCGGGGCUGAGCCCCUUCGCGGGGAGCAGCUGCUUCUCCUUCAACCCCGAGGAGAUGAAGCAUUACCUGCACUCCCAGGCGUGCUCCGUGUUCAACUACCACCUGAGCCCUCGGACUUUCCCCCGCUACCCG